UCUCAUCUCAUUUACUCUGUUUCUCUCUCUCUCAUUCAUUUCCUUUGUCAACCCAUUUGAGCAUAUUGAUUGACAGUGCCACAGAAAAAAAAGAAGCUAUGGUGUUUCCCACAGAACUUGUGAAGCUAGCAGACUGGCUCUUGUACCAGCUAUUAGCCAACUCAUGUUACAGAGCUUUAGGGAAGAUGAGAAAGUACUAUGGCUUAUUUUUAAGAAACCUAAACCCAAAUCCAAACCCAUCUCUUAAAUCAUCAUCAUCAUCUUCAACACAACCUUCUUUGUAUCCAAGUGUCACCAAGUGUGGUUUGGAGGGUAGGGAGUCCCAAACAUUGGUUUGUAACAUUCAUGCAACCUUGCUAAGAACUCAAUCCUUCUUCCCUUACUUCAUGCUUAUUGCCUUUGAAGGUGGUAGCAUUUUCAGGGCAUUUUUCUUGCUCUUAUCAUGGCCUAUCUUGUUGGUUUUGCACUAUGACCUCCAAUUAAGGGCAAUGAUUUUCAUUACCUUUUGUGGGCUUAGGGUGAGAGACAUGGAGGAUGUUGGGAGGGCUGUUUUGCCUAAGUUUUAUCUCGAAAACCUCAACCUUAAGGUCUAUGAGGUGUUGGCUUCAACAGAGUCUAGGGUUGUCUUCACAAGUGUACCUAGAGUCAUGGUUGAAGGUUUUCUCAAGGAAUAUUUGAGUGUUGGCGAUGUUGUAGGGACUGAAUUGCAAACUGUUGGGAACUACUUUACAGGUUUGAUAUCUGGUUCUGGUUUGCUUGUAAAGCACAUAGCUCUUAAGGAAUUCUUUGGAGAAAACAAGCCUGACAUUGGCCUUGGAAGUUCAAGCCCUGAUGAUCAACUCUUUAUAUCCCCUUGCAAGGAAGCUUAUGUGGUGAACACUGAAGACAUGAAAGGUACAACAAUGCCAAGGGACAGAUAUCCAAAGCCUCUUGUCUUUCAUGAUGGUAGACUAGCUUUCUUGCCCACUCCAUUAGCAACUCUCUCCAUGUUCUUAUGGCUUCCUCCAGCUAUAUUCCUCUCCAUCUUCAGACUCUUUGUGGGUAUCUGCUUACCCUACAAAAUUGCCAUUUUCUUGGGCUCUUUGACUGGUGUCCACAUUAGGUUCAAAGGUCUCAACCCGGACUUAGACUCAGACUCAGACUCCAACAAAAAGAAAGGAAUCCUUUAUGUUUGCACCCAUAGAACCCUCUUAGACCCUGUCUUUCUGAGCAUGUCACUCCACAAGCCUUUGAUUGCGGUCACAUACAGCCUAAGCAAAAUGUCUGAAUUGAUAUCUCCGAUCAAAACGGUGAGGUUGACAAGAGACAGAAAACAAGAUGGCGAAACAAUGCAGAGACUGCUCAGGGAAGGCGAUUUAGUGGUAUGCCCUGAAGGAACCACAUGUAGAGAGCCAUACCUCUUGAGGUUCAGCUCUUUGUUUGCUGAGUUAGCCAAUGAGAUUGUCCCAGUAGCCAUAAACACUCAUGUGACCAUGUUCUAUGGGACUACCGCCAGCGGGCUCAAAUGCUUGGACCCAAUCUACUUCUUGAUGAACCCUAGACCUAGUUACUUCAUUCAGAUCCUUGGGAAGUUGCCUAAAGAGUUGACCUGUGCUGGUGGGAGAUCUAGCUUUGAAGUGGCUAACUAUAUUCAGAGACAAUUGGCUGAUGCUUUGGGUUUUGAGUGCACUACACUUACAAGGAAGGACAAGUAUAUGAUGCUAGCUGGUAAUGAAGGGGUGGUCCAUGAUAAGAGAAAUAAAAAUAAAACCUAAUUGACAACACCACUAGCUAUCUCUUAUCCUUCCCCAAUCUUCUUUUGGUAAAUUUCCUUUUCAGCAUUUAUAUUUUUUGUAUUGAAUAUGUGUAUGUAGUAUUUGGACUUUUUUUUUGAAGGUUAUUUCUUACUUCUCACUUGUGGGUAUGGGUUAUAUAUGUAUCUAUGGCAAUUGUUGUUGCUAACAUAAUAUGUGAGGAGAUUUUGAGCAUUUUGACAUAAGGUUAUCAGCCCAUCUCUUUAUUGUUGAAAAGCUCAUCAUUAUUAAUUUGAAAUAAUAUAAAAACGCUCUACACUAACCAAAUUAAUGAACAAAGAUCACUUGUU